AUUUCGGUUAUUCUCGAGAAUUCAAGGGGUAAAUUGUAAAACAGCAGUUAAUUAGCCUCUCGCCGACGGGCACCACCUGCUCGUCUUCUUCGCCUCUAUCUCUCUUUCUCGUUCGUCGCUCGACGGGAUUCGGAGAGCGAGAGAGAGAUGAAACGCGCCUCCUUAUCGCCCGGUGAUUACGUCUAUUUCAAGUCCAGGGUCCCUCUCCACAAGAUCUCGGUUGGUGCUAAGCAAUGGAGAUAUUAUGAUUUUGGACCUAAGGAUGUGCCUCCUCUUAUCUGCAUUCCGGGAAUAGCAGGUACUGCUGAUGUCUUCUACAAACAGAUCAUGUUCCUAUCUAUGAAGGGUUAUCGGGUGAUUUCUAUUGAUAUACCCUGUAUCUGGAAUCACCAUGAGUGGAUUCAUGCAUUUGAGAAGUUCUUAGAUGCUAUCAAUGUUCAUCAUGUGCACCUCUAUGGCACAUCCCUUGGAGGAUUCUUAUCACAACUUUUUGCUCAACAUCGCCCCCGGAGGGUCAAAUCACUAGUUCUCUCCAAUACGUUUUUGGAUACACAUAAGUUUUCAGCUGCUAUGCCUUGGUCCUCUGUUGUCAGCUGGUCUCCUUCAUUUCUUCUGAAGAGGUACAUCUUAAGUGGAAUUCAUGAUGGUCCUCAUGAACCAUUUAUUGCUGACUCCGUGGAUUUUGUCGUUGGUCAGGUAGAGACAUUGUCAAGAGAUGACUUAGCUUCAAGGUUAACGCUGAAUGCAAAUGCUGUUGCAGUUGGUGCCCUAUUUCUGUCGGAUUCUUUCAUCACUAUAAUGGAUACAAAUGAUUACUGUGCCAUACCACAGCAAUUGAAAGAUCAAGUGAGUGAAAGAUAUUCAGGUGCAAGGCGAGCAAUCCUAAAGACUGGGGGUGAUUUCCCAUUUCUUUCACGCCCAGACGAGGUUAACUUGCACCUUCAGCUUCACCUAAUGCGUGUAGGCGUUGAAGCGAAGCUGGACUUGGUGCAAAGCACAUCAAAGGAUGGCACCGCUGGGAGUUCAUCCGGUGAUGAAAAGAAAGGUGACAAGCGUUUUGAUAAUCCAGCAGAUGACAACGGAAAUACUGGGCAUGAUGGUACAAGUCAUCAACCCGAUGAAUCUUCGGGGUCUGGUUCUUCGGCCUUUGAUGAACACCUCUUGAGCAAUGCAAAAUUGCAUGUAUUCGUGGCACUGCAUACUGUCCUUAUUUCGAUGCAGGCAUCAUCAUCCAUUAUGCCUUUCAUGCAGCAAAACUGUAUCGCUAUUAAUGUACAGUAGAUUGAAUGUUUUUUGAAAUUGGUUGAGGGCUUAUUAUAUGCUGUAAAAUAUGGUAGUGUUUGUGGCUAAAGAAUCAAAUUGGCAGUGUAUGAACUACAGAUGAUCUGGGAUACGAAUUGUUUAAUUUAACAGUUAUUUGAUUGAAUUUCUUUCC